AUGAAACAUAAUCCUCUUGUUUUCUUCAUGAUUCUCACCAUUAUUCCAAUAUCAUCAGAGCCAUCUCUCACCACUAAAAGGCCAGAUAAUGAAACUAUAUACGAAGUUUCAAAGCAGCUCUGCUGGAACUGCAUGGGGCAGUCCAUGCAAUUCUUGUAUGCACACAAUAUGGUAAGGGCAGCAAAAAUGGAGGCACCACUCGUUUGGGAUAAUCAACUGGAAAAAUACGCAGGGUGGUGGGCGGGACAGCGCCGGUCGGACUGUCGACUGGCUCAUUCAUUCCCAGAAGGCAAUUUCACGCUAGGCGAGAAUAUAUAUUGGGGCGGUGGCUCGACGUGGACGCCGGCUGAUGCAGUGCGAGCAUGGGCGGAUGAAGAGAAAUAUUAUAGAUAUAAGAGCAAUUCGUGUGCAGAAAGGCAGCAGUGUGGACAUUAUACACAGAUUGUUUGGAAAAACACAAGGCGGAUUGGGUGUGCUCGACUGGUUUGUGACACUGGAGAUGCGUUCAUGACUUGUAAUUAUUAUCCCCCGGGGAAUUAUAUUGGUGAAAGACCAUAUUGA